AAACCGGUUUGGUGGGUACGUGUGUGUAUGUGUGUGAGUCUCUCAUUUAUUAGUGUUGUGUGUAUAUGAGUGCAUGUGGUGAUUUGGUCGUUUCAUCUUCUCCCGUCAGCACUUUAUAUUGAUACAGGCGGUGGCCAAAAUAUAAUUCAAUCUUCUGUCCCCACGACACAUUCCCAACACUCAAAGGCAGAGGAAUAUCAGUGGAGUGCUCAGAUCAUCAAGAUAUUCUUACAGUUAUUACUACUGGUACCAGGUACGGAUUACAAAAUCACACCCACACACAUAACAUGCAAACUUUCACGCCUACAUGUACCCUGUACAUGUACAUGUACAUGUUUACUCUAUUCAUAUUGCAUGUGUACAUAAAUGUGAAUCAGUAGUAUAUAUAGUGUACUCUUUUUGAGUUGAGGUGCUAUAUCAGAUUUCCGUGACCCACUGCCUGUAACCAUCGUCAUCUUCACGCCAGGAACGACCAGUACGCCGGAGGACAAGAGAAGAGAGAGGGGCGUGGUCACGUACGCCAUAUAAGGACGACACUACUUGAGGAAGCCAGAUUAGAGGAGAGGAAAGAGAACAGACAAUUUGAUAUUUUAAUUUGAUUGAAGUUUGUUUAUUGUGAAGACAGAUGUCUCUCAGAGGGUGAAAUCCACGGACAUUAUGUCACUGAGUAUGAUUGGAGGCGAUAUACCUCUUCUUUCAUCAUCGACCUCGCCUUCAGACUGGAGGUCAAGUUUUGACUCUUUCUGUCGGAGCAGCUACAUUGAUGAGUCUAAAUUGUAUAGUGAGACCGUCUGCAAAGAAGUGGGGGACAAGAUCAUGCACUUGUUGAAGGGAAAGCCGUCCUCCUUGUGGGAGAGGGACCCGUUUUGUGUGUGGGUUAAGAGUAAGGGGUUCGCCCUCACGUCUUAUCCGAUGCUUGGACUCAAGGAAGUGUUGUGUAUCCCAGUCCCUGACCCCUCGGCUGGUUCUGCCUCAUGGCGUCGUGUGGCAUACAUUGAAGAGUUUUAUGAUAUCAUUACUAAAUUUCACAUUGUGAACGGUGACCACCUUUCAUCUACAAAGACCCACACUGAGGUUUCUAAGCAUUAUGCCGGUGUGCCUCAAUUAGCCAUAGAGAAGUACCUCCAGUUGUGUCCAGGGUGCCACGGGUCCAGCAGCAGUCCUGUUGAGACUCCAGUCCUUAAGGAACCGAAACGGGAGAAGAGUGGCUAUUUUAUGAAGAAAGGGCAGGUUGAAGUCAUUGAUAUAACAGAUAAGCCCCUCGGCCCAUUCUGCUACAUUUGUCUCUACAUUGACGCAUACUCCAAUUACCAUGUUCUCUUCCCUCUCUCCUCUCCUUCCUCCUCUUCCACCUCUGAAGUUCCCUUUGAGGAAAUAGCGCACAACCUCCGUAAAUACGUCUUCCCUUAUUUCGGGAUGCCGAAGAGUCUUUCCUCCUCUCUCGGCUCCGACUUUAUUGAAGAUCUUCUGCGAGAGACUUGUCUUCAUUGGCCUGAUGCUGCUGUAGUUCGUAACGGUUGUAAGAGGAGCGAGAGAGGGGGAGAGCGUGUUGGGAAGCUGGCAAGGAGAAGCAAAUCACUUAUAUCAGAGCUGUUUGAAAGGUGUCGCUCUAAUUUACAAGACAUCUCGCUGACCCCUUCGGCUUGCUCUGACUUACUCCUUAGCCUCCAAUACCAACUCAAUAUAUCUACUCGAAAAAGCUCUCAAAAAUGUGCUUACGAAUUGGCCUUCAACGUGCGACCACAUUGUAGUUCACAGUCCCCGAGACUCCACCCACCAGACACAUCUAUCAGCAGCAGCAGCGAGGACGAGAUCGAAGGCAGCGUUAGGAAAUGGCAGUGGGACCCGGAACGACUGAUCAUGAAAUCAAAGAGAGAGAAUGAUUUUGAUAUAAUAGGAAAUGAUAGGAAUUCAUUUUCUAAUGAUAUCUCUCCAUCAGUCGAGAUGAAUAGACUCAUACAAAAGCAGUCCACUUCUUCCUCCACUAACUCACAGCAGAAGUUACAUCAGAUGCUCAAUGCUAGUUCAAUACAAGCCCAGGAACAGCAGGUGACCAGUCUGAGGGAGCUACUCCGCCAAGAAGAAUCGAGACUAGAACUGUUGAAGAAAAUGAGACAGCCCAAUGAAAGCCCUUCGAUCAUUUCAAAAGAUUUGUCGUCUCACGAGAGAGGAGGUGUGGUCUCUACUGGUGUGAUAAGAUCUGGCGAUGCUGUAAUCACGCACAAUGGGUCCCAAGGUCCUAUAUCAGCUAGACUACAGCAGUUAGUUGAUUCUGUAGCAGUCGAUCAAUUAAACUCUAAGUACUCAUCAUCUACGCAGCACAAUAAAAAGAAGUCAACAAUCACUGAUAUUAACAAGUCCUCUUCGCCCGAGGUCAUCACUAUAUCUGACUCUCCCUCCCCUGCCUCCCCACCUGCUCUCAUAUCUACUUCCACUGUACCAGGUGUAAUACAUAACCCUCCUUCUCUCUCUUCCGGCGAAAAACCUGACGAGUCUCUCGUAAUGAAAACUAUUGAGAACUCUCGCAGGUAUCGCGAGUUUCUUGUGAAACAGAACACGGUUAAACGCACUUUUCAAAAACAAAUUGACAAGAGGAUAUCGUCUUUUCCUUAUCCAAAAACCUUUCGUCAAGUUUGGCCCAUAAUCCCUGUACAGGAUCCGAGUUUCGUUAAGAACCUUGGCCUGGAGACUGUGACACAGUUUUUUGAUCAGCCUCAUACUUCGAAAGGCUCAGCCUCUUCUGGGGGAACUGGAGCCUCUAAAGUCAAACCGAUUUGUAAUCAGUGCGGCUGUGAUUUUGCUUCGGCAUGGCAGAUACGAAAGAACAAUUCGAAGCAGGUCUUGCUAUGCGAGGCAUGCGAUUUCACUAACCUCAAGCUACUGCAGAGGACCAAACUGACGUCACAGUUAAAAGAGAUAAUUGAAGGAGUGAAGAGAGAAGAAGAUAAGUUUAACAGUGAGACUGAGGAGGCGCGCAAGCAACUGAUAGCAGCUGAAAGAGUCGGUGUUAUAUCAAACACUCAAAAGAGCAGUCCCCAGCCCACCUCUCAUGUGUCCUCUCAUGGGAAUCACAUUAUUAGUACCAGCGGAGGAGGGAUUAGACACCAGUCACUGACUGAGAGAGUCGCUGAUGCCAUGAUACCAAGCAUAAUAGGAGGAAAGGGAGGGAGACCUGGGGUAGGAGCUGCUGGUGGAGGAAGAGGAGGAGGAAAGGGUUUGCCGCAAGCGGAGAAGACUAAAAGCCCACUGGAAAUAUCGAGGAAGAGAAAAAUAGAUCAACAGGAGACGUCUCAUUCCGUCCCAUCCUCUAAGACACCCAAGACUCAUCUUGACGUUACUCUUAAUCGUAUUACUCAGCAGCUGCUGAUGAAGCAGGUUGAUGAGAAGGUCCAUAAACGUCGUCGCAAGGAUACCUCAAGUCCCAGUAAGAACCGUCAGGGGAAGUCCCCUCCUCCUUUGGAAGUGGCCAAUCACACGCCACACGAGGAAAAGAGUGCCCCGCCUCCUUUGAUGAGUGCCACGCCUUCAAAUGCGGGCGGAGACUCGAGAAAGAACAGGCGUAAAGGUCAACCCAAGCAAAACAUUAAAACUUAGUUAAUUGAGUAUGAGAGGGAGGAGCUUUAUGUGAAUGCUUUUUAUGUAUGUAUCGUAAGUAUAAUGACUAGCAUUCAUUUAUAAACAAUAAUCAAAUGCACUCAUUCAUUCAUUCUCACGUGCACAGUACUUUUAAUGUGCACACACACACUCAUACACAUUAACACUAAUCACUGAUAAUGACUGUUAUCAUUAUUAUUAUUAUUCUAAUAUUCUUGUACAGUUUCCAUUACUAGCACAGUAUAUUUAUAUAAAUAAUGAUUAUAAAAUAUAUAAUUUCUUUUAGUCUCUUCAUCAA